AGUUCGAGUGCGUAUUCAGCUGCUAUUGGUUCGUUAUUACGACAAUAUAAAGGAAAGUUUAAUACCUACGUAGUACCAUGUUAUAUUGGGUCGGGGCCCUGUGGUGAUCCUGGUUCACUUAAAUAUAGUAUUUAUAAUACAGUAUAUCUAGAAGUUCAUUGUCCAACAGUCAAACCUCAAGUAGUCAUAAUAUCAGAUAGUGGAAAAAAUAGUGUAGAUUUCGGUGAGGUGUCUAUUGGUCAAAACGUCACCAGAUCAGUUACCAUGCAGAAUAUCAGUGAUAAAACAGUAGAGUUAACUUCUACGCUGCUAGACACUGACGGUCCGUUUCUGAUGUUAAAUGCAUUGAGAGUUCUUUCCCCUGGUGGAACACAUACAGCUGUUCUAUCAUUCGCUCCUGAUAAAGGUUGUGUGUAUCAAGAAGUAUUAUCUAUAAAGAGUGGAUCUAGUAUUUUAGCUAUGACGUUAGUUGGUAAAGGUGUUAGUCCUAUAGUUAAUUUAUCUAUAGAAUCAGGACUAUUUGACAUGGGAGCUGUAUUAGCUGGGGAAUACUGUGAAAGAACUUUUAAGAUUAAUAAUACAUCAUCUCUAUCUAUAGACUAUGUUAUAAAACUAGAUAGUUUAUCAUUGUUACGUCACGCCAAAUCUCAAUAUCUUCCAACUUUUAUUAAACGAGAUAAAAAACACAAAUCUUAUGUUGGUACACAAAAUUUUAAUGGACAGAAUGUGUUCGAUUUGGUUCCAUCAGAAGGAAGUAUUCCUGCAGGUGAUAAUAAAGAAAUCACAGUAACUUUUGCUCCAGAUCAUUGUAGUGAGAAUUAUUCUGAUGGUGUUCGAAUUGAAUUGUUUAAUCAGGAGGAAAGCCAUUUUUUUGAGUUGAAAGGUUUGGGUAAAAAUCAUAUUAUGUAUAUGUUUGGUGGAGAUGAUUUAACACCUGAUGUAGAAUCACUAGCUGUUUUACCAGUUACAGAGGAUGAUGAAGGUAAGAAAAUAAACAGGCUUUAUAAAAAUUCAAUACCAAUGUUAGUAAGUUUAUUUAGUGUAGCUAAAGAAACAGAAGUUAUACCAGCUAACAGAGAUGUAUUUGUAGCCUGUGUACGAACUAUGGCAGUCAGUCAGAAGAAGAAUGGAGAAUAUCAGUUUGAAAAUGUUCAACUUAUUCAAUCUAAAGGUUUCAGUAUUGAACCUCAAAAGGGUAUGAUAGAAGCUGGUACUAAGAAAGCUGUUACAAUAACUUGGACUCCUCCCCCUGGUCAUGAGUCUAAUCAGCCAAUGGAAGCGUCUGUUCUAGUGACGUUAAAAGGUGAUGCUGUUGAACAAUAUAAACUGAUGUUACGUGGGAUUAUAGUCUCUGAAUAA